AUGCGGAAUCCCAAGAGCCCAUCUGGACAAUACAUCCUUGCUGAAGCUAUACAAGCAUUUGACAAGCUCCGGGACCUAGGAUGGGAGAUACAAUUCCGAUGGAUCCCAGCACAUGUCGGAGUGCCUGGCAACGAGGCAGCCGAUAAAGCAGCCAAGGAAGCUACUGGAUACGAUCCAAGCCAACAAACCUCGGUGGACCCUCCUCAAGAACCAAAUUGGCUUCAAACUCUCACUGCCACCACGAAAUCUAUCAUUCGCACAACGAUGAAGGAGGAGUGGAAACAGUCAUGGGUUAAGGCCAAGCAUGGGAGAGAACUCUUCCGACUUGGAAUCCGGCCAGGAAAGAAAUCAUUAAACACCCAUACAGAUAAACAUAGAGCGAUCAGCUCUGUGAUCACACAGAUGCGGACAGGCAAAAUAGGCCUCCUGGCCUAUCUCCACGGAAUCAACAGAGCGGACACCGACAAAUGCCCAUGCGGAUAUGGGACCCAAACCGUACGACAUAUCCUCCUGGAAUGCCGUGACUGGACAGAAGAAAGAGUCAAGAUGUGGGCAGGCAAGCGACCAUGCGUUGACAUCAAGCGCAUUCUCUGUAGCUCGUCAAUGGCGGGACAAGCAGCUAAGAUGAUCCUCAGGACUGGCUUGCUCGGUCAAUUCCAGGCAAUGCCAUCCACGGUACUCCAAUAUACGCAAUCUGCGUAA